UUGCUGCAAUAGCGUAUCUCUGCACCAACCAGUUGCCCAAGUUCGAGAAGCUGACGCGCUUCUUCAACGACCUCGGGACCUGGGCGCCAGUUCUCGCCAAGGCUGGGACCAACGAGAGCUUCGAGCAGGGGAUCGAGGUGAAUGGCCACGCAGAAAUCGAGUCGCCCUCGUCAGGGUCAGGGAGUGAGUGCAGCGUCGGCGUGAGCAAGCGCCCGUGCUUGACCUACGAGAUCAAGGUUCAGGGCAAUGACAAGUGGUUGACAGUUUCAGCGCCCAACGUGCUGGAGGGACCGCCCAACCAGAAGGGAGUGAAGGUGACCCUGGUGAAGACGUACAUCCUCAGCACGCUCGCCUUACCAGCUGGUCGUGCCAACCUCAACGACAUCCGCUUGUGCCGUAACCACGGGGGGUUCGCCAGUGGGAAUGCGCUCAAGGGCAACGAGUACACCUACUGGAACCUCUGGUAUUUGGUGGUGCUCAACCCUCGCUCGCGGGCCAUCUACGAAGGCGACGCGAAGUCCCUCGACCCUGACGUCGUGGAU